AUGGCCGAUUUGACACGUGAAUUUUGCGAGAAACUGUUCAUUGAUGCUCCAGUCAAGUCGGCAAGUGCUCCAAACAUUCGUCGUAGUCGCAGCAAAACCCGUGCAUCGAAUCCUCUGAUCGACGUAUGUCCCUCCAGUGGCGAAUCCACUGUGACCAGUCCACCAACCAAUCGUCGUCGUUCGAAAUCUCAAGGCAAGGGCAAAUCCCGUCCACGUAGUCGCAGUUGCCGUUCUGCUAUGGCUCGCCGUGCUCCGAAAUCGAAGACGAAGCAUCCUCAAAACGAUCCUGUGGCUCUGUAUCAGUACUAUCAAAACGAAUGGGCUCACUUUCGUGAACAAAUACCAGGAGCUACUCAACAUGCCGACGCACGCCGGAACAUACGCCAUAAGCUUCCGAAGUGA